GGAGUUACACAGUAGCAAUAAAUUUUGGACCUCAAGAAUUUUUUGGCACGCGUUCACUGCUCCUGCUCCAAGAUGAUUGCUGGGUGCUGCGCUCUUUUCCUUCUUUGUUGCAUACUGAACGGUACAGAGUCUUCAAAUCCAUCACUGGACAUCCACAAGGCGAGAUACAGCAACUCAUUCCGCCUCGCAAGGUCCACCCGAACCCGUGUGCAACAGCUGCUGAGUAAAUAUAAGGAGCAGCAGUUGGGAAACAAGGACUUUGAGGACAGAAGUAGUCAUUUGAAUGACCUGCCAUUGCUCUCGACGGACUUUAACAGCUGGCUCCAGCUUACGGAUUGGCAACGAUUACAGGCUGCCUUCUCCGACAUGCAGGCCUACAGGAACAGGCUGGUGUGGAAGAGGAAAGAGCUGGAGAGGGAGGCAAAAGAGAAGAAGGGAGUGCAGAGGCUCCCCAACAAUUUACCGAAGGACAUCAAACACAUUGAAAUGGACCUGAGGGACCUGAUGAGCCAUGUCGGCAAUCAUAUGAGUUACAUCAAGACGUCCAACAGGACAUCAAACCUUCCCACCGUUUGGACACCUUUGAACCCGUCAUCGAUCUCAAAAACACUGUGGGAAAAGCGUGUGGAAGGUUACAUCAUUUUACGGGAUCUUGACCUGUACCUCACCAAGUUGGCACGAGACUUCCUCCUCCUGGCUUCUAAAGCACAGUAAAUACUGCGGGGACAAAAGGAAGAGUUUGGCUGUUGAGGGGUUGUCUCGCACUGGUCAUAGGUCACCGAAGCGAACCAUUAAUAGAAUCAAUGACCAUCUCAGCGCUUCUCUGGGUAUUUCCCCAAGUUUCUGUCUUGCCUCUGACUGUAAAUUUGCAAGAAGGCUCCCACAACUGACAGUGCACAUGACAACAUCCUGUUUUGUCACCCAGGCCCCUUCGUCGACUGGACUUUCCAAAGACACAAGAUUUUUUUAUUUAUUUGACUUAUUUAUUGGAUUGAUUGCAUUAUUUAUUUUACAAAGACAGCGACAUGGUGUUUACAUGACAUUUGGUAUUUAAAGUAUAAUAUUUAUUUAGAUAUGGCUUUCAAUAAAAAGAUGAAAUGUGAGGACUUCAUGUUUCGAUGUCAUCGAUCAUUACCGGAUAUUAUUUUUCAAGACAAUUUUGCAUAGCA